AUGGGUUCUCAGAAUAUUAGCUAUAGAGAGCUCUCUACUAGUAUUGAGGAGAUUGUUCAGUUUAGAUGGACUGAGAAGUGUUGUCAGGCCCUCCAGUCGCCUAUUGGUAGGGAGGAAGUGAGACUUGUUCUGUUCUCCAUGGAUGGUGGAAAGGCUCCAGGCCCCGAUGGGUAUUCAGUUGGCUUCUUCAAAGGAGCUUGGACGGUGGUUGAAGAAGGUUUCUGUGAUGUCGUCUUACACUUCUUUGAGACCAAUUACUUCCCUCAAGGGGUGAAUACGACUGCUAUUACACUUAUUCCUAAAAGGAAUGGUGCUGAUCGAUUGGAGGAUUUCAGCCCUAUAUCUUGUUGCAGCGUUAUUUAUAAGUGCAUUUCAAGAAUAUUGGCAGAUAGGCUUCGUGUGUGGCUUCCUUCUUUUGUUAGUGGAAAUCAGCCAGCUUUCAUCCCUGGGAGGAGUAUUAUUGACAAUAUUCUUCUUUGUCAGGAGCUUGUAGGGGCAUACCAUUUGUACAGAGGUAAACCUCGGUGCACUAUGAAGGUUGACCUCCACAAAGCUUAUGAUUCUGUUAAUUGGGAUUUCCUCUUUGGCCUGCUGAUUGCCAUAGGUACGCCUUUAAGAUUUGUGAGUUGGGUUCGAGCGUGUGUGACCUCUCCGAUGUUCUCCAUUAUGAUUAAUGGAUCGUUGGAAGGUUUUUUCCAUGGGAGGAAAGGACUUAGACAAGGUGACCCUUUAUCCCCGUUCUUAUUUGUGAUGGUCAUGGAGGUGCUUUCUCGCAUGUUGAACAACCCACCUCAGAAUUUUCAAUUCCACCAGUUUUGUGAGAAGGUCAGAUUAACUCAUCUUACUUUUGUAGAUGACCUGAUGAUCUUUUGUACUGCUGAUAAUCAUUCUAUGAGUUUCAGAAAAGAGACUAUUAAGAGGUUUGGUGAGCUUUCGGGACUGUUUGCUAAUCUUCCUAAAAGCUCAAUUUUUCUUGUCGGGGUUAAUAGUUCGAAAGCUUCUCGGCUUGCUGCUAACAUGGGUUUUUCCAUUGGUCAUCUCUUGUUCGUUAUCUUGGGCUUCCUCUCCUCUCUGGAAGAUUGCGGAGCUCUGAUUGUGAUCCCCUUAUUCAGCGUAUUACCAGUCGUAUUCGGUCUUGUCCACAGAGACGUUGAUAAGAUCUUGAGGGCUUAUCUGUGGAGAGGUAAGAAGGAGGGAAGAGGUGUUGCUAAAGUUGCCUGGGAUGAGGUUUGUCUUCCUUUUGAUGAAGGAGGUCUUGAUAUUCGCGAUGGAUCUUCUUGGAAUAUAGCAAGCACGUUGAAGAUAUUAUGGUUGCUACUUGUUAAAUCUGGUAGUUUGUGGGUUGCUUGGGUGGAAUCUUAUAUCCUUAAAGGGAGAUCGCUGUGGGAGAUCGAUGCUGGGGUGGGUCGAUCUUGGUGCUUUAGGGAAAUCUUGCGUAAGCAGGAUAUCCUUAAAGCUCAUGUUAAGAUGGAGGUGGGCAAUGGAAGGAAGUAUAGAGUGUGGUUGGUUCCAUGGAUUCAGGGUGGGCCGAUUAUCCAGCAGUUUGGGGAGAGGGUGAUCUAUGAUGCGGGUAGUCGGUGGGAUGCGAGGCUGAUGGAUUUCAUGGGUCGGGAUGGUGAUUGGAGGUGGCCACUUGUUUAUUUGGAUUUGAUGGACAUUUGGGAUAGGGUUCAGGGAGUGAGGCCGAGUCCGAGUGUUGAGGAUAGGUGGGUUUGGGUGCCGGGGAGUCAUGAUAGUUUUUCGAUCACCAGUGUGUGGGAGACUAUUCGUCCUCAUAGUAGUAGGGUUGGCUGGUCGGGUUUACUAUGGGGUGGGGGAAAUAUUCCUAAGCACUCCUUUUGUGCUUGGUUGGCCAUCAGGGAUAGGUUGGGUACUAGAGGAAACCAAGAAAGACAAGAAAGACCAAUAAACUCUGUUGUAAACCAAGAACUACUAAGAAAUCAACCUAUUCACAUCCACAAUAAUCGAUUGUAUGGAAACAACGUACCUGGAAAUUUCUUAAGCGAUUCUGACUCUUCCGAUGAAGACAACUUGCUGAACAUUCAUCAAGAACCUCAACAAAGGCUUGGACUUCGACCAUACUUUCAAGAAGAUCAAGAAAUACGUAUGAAAGUGGAUCUCCCUACCUUCAAUGGUCGAAUUGACGUGGAGAAGUUUCUUGAUUGGAUCAAGAACGUAGAAAAUUUUUUCGACUAUGCCAAUACACCCAAACACAAGAAGGUUCGAUUAGUUGCUCUCAAACUUUAA